UUCCGCCAUACUGGAAUUUGCACCUCGUGGUGCUCGCACUUGUUAAAGUCAAACUCACCUGGAAUCUAGCGUACUCCAGGAUAAAUUUAUCAAAAUGCCAACAAGUAACCCAUUACCCCCAAAAGAGAAUGCUCUGUUCAAAAGAAUUUUGAAAUGCUAUGAACAGAAGCAGUACAAGAAUGGGUUGAAAUUUGCAAAACAAAUUCUAACAAAUCCCAAGUUCUCAGAACAUGGAGAGACUCUAGCUAUGAAGGGUCUGACACUGAACUGUCUGGGUCGCAAGGAAGAAGCCUAUGAUUAUGUCCGACGGGGGCUGAGGAACGACCUGAAGAGCCAUGUCUGCUGGCACGUCUAUGGCCUUCUCCAGAGGUCUGACCGCAAGUACGACGAGGCGAUCAAGUGUUACCGCAAUGCACUCAAGUGGGACAAGGACAAUCUUCAAAUCUUGCGAGAUUUGUCGUUGUUACAGAUACAGAUGCGGGAUCUUGAGGGGUACAGGGAAACACGGUACCAACUGUUGGCUCUGCGGCCAGGUCAACGAGCGUCAUGGAUUGGCUACGCUAUGUCAUAUCAUCUUCUCAAAGACUACGAUAUGGCUCUCAAGAUUCUAGAUGAGUUUAGGAAAACACAAAUGCCGAAGCCACUCGACUACGAACACUCGGAACUGCUGAUGUAUCAAAACCUGGUGAUGAGGGAGGCAGGGAUGUAUCAAAGGGCAUUAGAGCACCUGAAGACGUUUGACCACCAGAUCGUCGAUCGCCUCUCCCUCCAGGAGAUUAAGGCGGAAAUUCUUACCAAGUUAGGACGAGCUUCAGAAGCAGUGGACAUCUAUCGUGAUUUGAUCAACAGAAAUCCAGAAAAUUGGGCAUAUUACGGAGGCUUAGAAGAAUCUGUCAAUCCAGAAACGGAAGCUGAACGCCUACAGCUGUACAGGGAUGUGCAUGAGAAGUAUCCCAGGGCAUCCACACCAAGGAGAAUACCAUUAACAUUCUUAACAGAGGAUGUUUUGAGGGAUUACGCAGAUGAAUAUUUGAAGAAGGCUAUCCGUAAAGGCGUUCCUCCAUUGUUCGUGGCCAUGCGACCCCUGUACCAUGACGUUGAAAAGGUGAAAAUUAUAGAAGAUCUGAUCCUAGGAUAUGUGAAUAAUUUGAGUACUACAGGAUACUUUGAUACCAAUGUGGGAGAGAAUGAAGAGAAGGAGCCUGCUACAGCCCUGCUGUGGACGUACUAUUACCUGGCUCAGCACUUUGACUACCUCGGAGACAUCCGUAAGGCCAUUCACUACUGUGAUCAGGGCCUUGAACACACUCCAUUGUUAAUAGAGCUUUAUGUCCUCAAGGCCAAACUACAUAAGCAUGCAGGAGACAUUGAGGAGGCAGUGCGGCUGAUGGACGAGGCACAGAGUCUGGACACAGCCGACCGCUACAUCAACUCCAAAUGUGCCAAGUACAUGCUGCGUGGUAACCUCAUCCAGGAGGCAUCUGAUAUGUGUGCCAAGUUUACCAGGGAGGGUGUUUCUGCAACAGAGAACCUGAAUGAGAUGCAGUGUAUGUGGUUCCAGACAGAGAGUUCUGCAGCAUACCAGCGUCUAGGCAAGUGGGGCGAUGCCCUGAAGAAAUGCCAUGAGAUAGAUAGGCAUUUUACAGAAAUUAUUGAGGACCAGUUUGACUUCCACACCUACUGUAUGCGGAAGAUGACGUUACGGGCGUAUGUUGGCCUGUUGAGGUUAGAAGACAAGUUGAGAAGUCACCCCUUCUACUACAGGGCUGCUAGGAUAGCAAUAGAGAUUUAUUUACAUUUACACGACCACCCCUUCACGGAACAUGAACAAGAAAAUAACCUAGAUACAGAAAAUCUUAGUCCUAGUGAACUAAAAAAGCUUAAACGGAAACAACGGAAGGCAGCCAAGAUAGCGGAGAUGGCUCGGGAAAGGCAGAGAGCCGAGAUGGAGAAGAGAGAAUUACAGAACAAGAAGAGCCAAGACGGAGAUCUUGAUGGUCCAAAGGAAGAGGAGCUUGUGCCAGACAAACUAGCCAAGGCUGAAGACCCCCUGGAGCAGGCGAUGCGCUUCAUGAAGCCCCUGCAGCUGCUGUCCCCCCGGAGGGUAGAAACACACGUUUUAGCUUAUGAAAUUUACUCUAGGAAAGGAAAGUUAUUACUGAUGUUGCAGUCCAUAAAGCGAGGUUUCCAGACCGACCCCUAUGAUCCCAAGUUCCACAUAUGUAAAAUUAGGUAUCUUCAGCUCGUGAAGAAGAGUGAGCUGAGUGAACCCUUGCAGUCUGUGAUAAACCAGGAAGUGGAGCGAGUGUACGAGGGAAAGUCUGCAGACACGCUCAACGACGAGUUCAUUGCUAGAAACUCCAAAUCCUUAGAACAUCUACUUGCAGGUGCCCGAAUGAUGUACGAACUAGACCAGACUACGCAGCUGAAAGCAAUCUCCCUGGCAACAUCUUUGUCCAAUGAUAUCAAAGGAGUAACAAUCAAGAACUGCAUAGAAGUAUUGGAAUGUUUGUGCCGAGGAGAUUUCGGCAGCUGCGAGAAAGAAGCCCAGGACUACCAGGCCCGAUGUCAUAAUGUGUUUCCAUAUGCAACCGCGUUCAUCAUCCCUCCCUCCACACAGCCUGAUCAGAUUGUUGCCAACGGCUCCACGUCAUAGAACCCGACACACUGUGAUACUCUAGUAAUUCACACUCCCCGCGUGGGAAACUUGUUAUGGCCGACACAAAGUCCUUGUUCUUGGAUUUUGGCAUUGAUGUCCUGGUACUUUCACCCAAGAGGUGCGUCACGUUCUACCAGGGACGUAGAGACAUUGAACCAUGGUGUACACUACAGGGACGUGUUGGACACAUUGAAAACUACAGUGUACACACUAAUCAUACAACCCAGGGCGAAUUUUGUUUUGGGCUGUAAAUUCAGCUUAUCACGAGACGCUUUACUGAUCUCUCUGGAGAAGCUGACACUGUUCUUCUGUCAUUGAUCCACGCAGUGCUUCUGAACGUAUUCCCAAACAAUGUCAAGAUCUUUUGCGCAACUCCAAUGUGUAAAACGUUCAAAGCAAAGAUACAAAUUGAUGUGAUUUUUGUAUGGAUUGUGUUUCUUCUGUCUUCAGUGCGUAGAGAGAAUUUCCGAGGUGAUACAAACCAGUUUUGUAUAGAAAUGGGACCUGUGCCACAUUAAACUAGAAUAUUGACUCUUCACAACAGAAGAUGUAUUCCUGACAACUUAUAUACAUUGUAUGACAUGUCACAGCUGAUGUUUACCUUUCAACCAGCUGAUACUUGACUUAUCAGCUGAAUUUGACUUGUCACAAACCAGCAUUUCUACCCCCAGUUUUGUAUUUCUUGUGCUGCGUCUGCUGAAAGCGGAAAUGUUCAGUUGUACAGAAUAUAGCAUAUCUUUGAGAGCUUUACCCUGUGGACUGUAUGAGAUGGAAGGGUCAUCUCAGGUUCUCGGAAAUUUAUUUAUUGGAAUAUGUUUUGGGAAGUAGUACGGGAACACUUCCAAUGUGCCAAGAGGUAUAGCUUGUCGUUGCUCAAAAUACCGGAGCAAGGAACAUCUUCGUAGCUAAUGGUUCAUUGCAUUUUCCUCAAUGUAGCUGCAAGCUUUGUUUAUGUCUGACUCACUUGCAGCAUAGAAGAAAUUAAUCAGUCCUGUUUAUGCAUGAGAUAACAAAACAUGAGGGUGCCGUUGUACAAAACAACCUUAGCACUACGACUGUCGUAAGUCUAUGUUAAGGUAUGUGAGUUAUGAUCAACUUAGCCCUAAGAUCACUUUGUACAACAGCACCCUGGUGCUUUAGAGGAACUCAGUGUCAUCUGUGACGCCAUGAUGAAAAGAAUGAUAUCCAAUCAACUUAAAAGUUAAUCAUAGUUUGGAGCUAAAAUCAGGUUGUACAUUAUCUGUGGGAAAUGAAAAUAAGCAUUCUUGCAAACUGGGCUGUGUUGUGACUCAUUUAUGCUUGAAACUAUCUUUUUUUGAGUUGAGCAAAAUCCUGUGCUUUAGAUCUGACUAUAUCGUGAGGGAACAUCAAAUAUUGAAUUUGGUGUAUUGCGAUAUGAAUCGUAACACACCCCUUUUAUGGCUAUACAUAUCAUAUCACAACUUCCAGUGUCGGUACAGAAAUAAGCUUCCCUUUAGAUUUGUGAAGGAUCACGCUAUGGUUUAUCAAGCAUCUUGGUACCCUCAGCGCUUGGCCUUCUAGAAUCUUUAAUCUGCCACAUUGUGUGGAUUUUGUCAGUUUCUAUGCCAGCUUUGCUAAUCAAUAAUAAGUGAGACAACCAUCACUAAGUCUACAAAACGUGAUGACGAGAUUGAGAGAUCCUGUAUCCAACAUGUUUCUGAUGUAUCUCCGAUGUAUUUUGACCCACCGAUGGCCACCUCAGACACAGUGCUUCUGUAAUAUAACCAAAAGGCAUAAACUUAGAAACAAGGCAAGAAAGAUCUUUGGGUUUUUCGCUGACUUGAACUGAAGGUUCAUUUGAGUUUGUCAUGUUGUUUAAGAAUGCGUUUCUAGUUUCUUCAUUAUUGUAUUCAGAAUAAUGAGAACUUACAUGACACCAAAAUAAAUUUGUCCAUGUCGUUGAAGAGUAACUUUUCCAUGCCAUGUAGUAAAAUCUAAAGAAACAAGAUUAUUGUUAAACCAUCACUGUUACUUGUUCAACACUAGCAUCUUUCAUUUGUAUUUUCUGAUAUUUAAGG